ACUUAUUUAUUCCUACAAGAAGCUUUUGAUUAGUCAUAAUCUUCACACCAUCACUGCCAUGGCCAAAUCGACUCUGUCACUCCCCAUUCUCCUCCUUUUCCUUCUGCUUUUGCUCCUCAAUUCAGAAGGGUCUCUGAAGCUUGCAAAUGCACAGCAGGCAGACACCUGGUGCAUUGCCAAGCCUUCCUCGAGCGAUGCAGAACUCACUGCAAACAUCAUCUUCUCCUGCGACCAAGUGCUAGAUUGCAGGCUGAUACAAGAAGGUGGCCAAUGCUUUUUACCCAAUACCCUUGUUCACCAUGCCUCGGUCGUCAUGAAUCUUUACUACAAAAUGAUGGGUAAAAAUUACUGGAACUGCGACUUCAGGAACUCUGGCCUCCUCUCCCUGACCGAUCCAAGUCAUGAUAGCUGCACCUAUGUUUAGUAGCCAGUACUACUUUAUGCAGAAUGUGGUUUCAGAGGCCAGCUUUCAAGAUUUAUAGGGCUACAAUACAAUAAGCUGUGGAGGAGCUCCUAUAAUUUAUAUAUAUAAUACCCUUUCCCUAAUGUUUUUCCUCUAGAAGUCUAUUAUUAUGGAAAACAUAUAUACAAGGUUCUUUU